AGGAAUCAGAGUCCACCAUGAGUGCGCUGGUUCUGCUGUGCGUAAUAGCCGGGUUGUUGUCCUCCAGCCUGGGCAACAGGAACUGUCCGGACCUGAUCGUGGAAAGCUGCCACUGCUCCGCGGAGAGGUCUAAGCAGCUGAGCCGGCAGCAGGUCCGGGUCAGGGUGGUGUGUGACGAUGUGGAGCUGAUGGACACCCUGCAGCCCAGCUUCCUGCCCAACAGAACCGUGUCCCUAAACCUGAGCAACAACAAGAUCUCCCUGCUGAGGAACGGCUCCUUCUACGGCUUGGCUGCUCUGGAAAAACUGGACCUGAAGAAUAAUUUGAUCAGUACGGUGGAGCCCGGGGCCUUCAGAGGUCUGCAUGCUCUGAGGAGACUAGAUCUGUCCAACAACAGGAUCGGCUGUGUCUCGCCUGAAAUGUUUCUCGAUUUGGGCAGCGUUUCAAAAUUGAAUCUAUCUGGGAACAUCUUCUCCACACUGACUGUGGGAAUCUUCACGCACCUUGUGGCUCUCAAAGUGCUGCACUUCAGCACAGAGACUUUGUUCUGUGACUGUCAGCUGAAGUGGCUGCUUCUCUGGGCUCGAAGCAACUCGCUGAAGAUCGGCAACGACACGGUGUGUGUGUUCCCCACACACCUCCACGGACUGGAGUUUCACAACCUUCGUGAGCAGCAGCUCAGAUGUGAUGGACCUCUGGAGAUGCCCCUCUUCCAGCUUAUCCCUUCCCAGAGACAGGUGGUUUUCCGUGGGGAUCGUCUUCCCCUGCAGUGCACCGCUUCCUACCUGGACCCUUCGGUGGAGCUGCGAUGGCGUCACAACCGCCGCAUGGUGACCACGCAUGAGGACCGGGGCAUCUACGUGGAGGACACACUGAUUCACGACUGCUGCCUGAUCACAAGUGAGGUCAUCCUCUCCAACAUUGAGCUGGGCAUAGGUGGCACCUGGGAGUGCCUGGUCACCAGUUCCCGUGGCAACUCCUCUCAGCAAAUGGAGAUAGUGGUUCUGGAGACGUCGGCACCGUACUGCCCAACAGACAGAGUCACCAACAACAAGGGGGAUUUCAGGUGGCCAAAGACUUUGGCUGGCAUCCUUGCCUUCUUGCCCUGCGCUCCUGCCACCUUUGGCUCGGCCCCCCACCCCUCUGGCAGCGCCGCCCACCCCUCCAGCCAGAGGGGGAAGAAGGCUUGGCGGAGCUGUGACCAGAGUGGGCGCUGGGUGGAGGAGGACUACACCCAGUGUCCGUAUGCCAGCGAGCUGACCCGCGUGCUGCACGAACUCACACAGAUAACUGUGAAUACCACCAAUGCUCAGCCCUUGGGCCAGCAGUUAGUGGCCUUCACCAGCAGGGCGGCACACUUCACAGAUGUCAUGGAUGUCAUCUUCGUCACUCACCUGGUGGAGAGGUUGACGAGGCUGGUGGAGAAACGUAAAGAUCUGGGGGACUAUAUAUCAGACAUCGCCAGUAACAUGAUGCUGGUGGAGGAGCACGUCCUGUGGAUGGCCCAGAAUGAGGCCAGAGCGUGCACUCGCAUCGUCCAGUGCGUGGAGCGCAUCGCCGACCUGUCGCUGACCGGAGACAAUCAGGUCAUUUCUAAGGUUUCAGCUAACAUAGCUCUGGAGGCCUUUCUGAUCCGACCGUCCAACUUCCUCGGUCUGUCCUGUACUGCACUUCAGCGCCCCCCCCCCUCAUCUGCCACCUCGCCCCUCCCUGACGGCCACUCCCACUCCGACCAGGACAAGAUCAGAGAGGGUGACGCCGCGGGGGAGUCGUUGCUCAACUUCAAAUGCCACACCAUCAACAACAGCGCUUCACCAGCCAGUCAGCUCAGCAAGAACUCAGUGGCAGUCGCCUCAAUCAAUUUACCGCUGGCUGGUACGCCUAUCUCCUCCUCUGCGUUGGAAUCUGUUGAUAACUCCACUUGCAAGCUGCAGUUUAUUGUGUUUCGCAAUGGGAAACUCUUCCCUUGCACGGGCAAUUCGUCCAAUCUCGCAGACGAUGGGAAGCGUAGGAGCGUUUCGACACCAGUUGCUUUCACCAAAUUAGAUGGGUGCAGCCUGGGGAGCGCCGUGCACACCGUUACUAUUGCUCUCAGGCACUUCGCACUGGGUGUAGACCCCACCGCCGCCUAUUGGGAUUUUGACCUGCUGGAUGGACACGGUGGCUGGAGGGCAGAGGGCUGCCACAUAACAGGCUCCGGGGGCAACACGACCACCAUUCAUUGCACCCAUCAUAAUAACUUUGCUGUGCUAAUGGAUCUGAAGAAGGUGCUGUCUUUCCCCCCGUACCCUGGGGAGUUUCUGCACCCGGUCGUGUAUGCCUGCACGGCGGUCAUGUUGCUCUGCCUCUUCGCCUCCAUCAUCACCUACAUAGUGCACCACAGCGCGAUCCGCAUCAGUCGGAAGGGAUGGCACAUGCUUCUCAACUUCUGUUUCCACACGGCGCUGACCUUUGCUGUGUUUGCCGGCGGCAUCAAUCGAAUCAAAUACCCCAUCAUCUGUCAAGCAGUCGGGGUCGUGCUGCACUACUCGUCUCUGUCGACCAUGCUGUGGCUCGGGGUGACGGCCAGGAACAUUUACAAGCAGGUGACCAAGAAACCUCCGCAGAGCCAGGAUGGUGACCCGCCCCCACCCCCUAAACAACCCCUAUUGAGAUUUUAUUUAGUCAGCGGUGGAGUGCCCCUCAUCAUCUGCGGGGUCACGGCGGCCGUCAAUAUAGACAACUAUGGCAGCGGGGAGCAGGCGCCGUACUGCUGGAUGGCGUGGGAGCCCAGCCUGGGAGCCUUCUUUGGCCCCGUGAGCUUCAUCAUCCUGGUGACAUGCAUCUACUUCCUGUGCACCUUCAUCCAGCUGCGGCGACACCCCGAGAAGAAGUACGAGCUGAAGCAGCUGACGGAGGAGCAGCAGAGGCUGGCCGCCGUCGACGUGCCCACCCACUGCCACCAGGGAGCCGAGCCGGGGGCCCUGGUGGCCCCGUCCGGUGGGGGCCACUGCCCCGCUGGCUGUCCGGGGGUUCCCAUUAACCCUGCGCUGCUGGCCAAUGAGCACUCCUUCAAGGCUCAGCUACGAACGGCGGCCUUUACCCUCUUCCUGUUCCUGGCCACCUGGACGUUCGGGGCCCUGGCCGUGUCGCAGGGCCACUUCCUGGACAUGAUCUUCAGUUGCCUCUACGGUGCCUUCUCCGUCACCCUCGGCCUCUUCAUCCUCAUCCAUCACUGUGCCAAGCGCGACGAUGUUUGGCAUUGCUGGUGUUCGUGUUGUCCCGGACGAAAUGCCGAAGCCCAAGGGGCCCCUCAGGCGCGACCUAAAGUCAAUGUGAAUGGAGACACCCCCGGGCAUGGCCACGGUCACAGCCACUGCCACCAUGACUCUCCGUGUCACGGUAAAGCAGUGAUAACCUGCAGUCAUGGCGGUUUAGCUCACUGUAAACACGCCGCCCUCCCCUCCUUGCAGAACCAUGUGACGUGCCUGGCGCCGGUGGCUCCGUGCUGCGCGGCGAUGCACAGCCAGCAGCUGAUGGAUGAGGAGCCCGCGGCGACACACGUGCUGCUACACGCCGACCCGGAGGGGUACCGGCCGGGGAUCCAGCUGCACCCCUGCCUAAAGAGCAGCACCAGGACUAAAAGCCGUCACUUCGGCCGCCGGGCCGGUGCUUGCGGGGCAGCAGGCGAAAAGGAGUACGCCUAUCACAUCCCCUCCAGCGUGGACGGAGGCAGCAUGCACAGCUCACACACUGACAGCCCCCACAGCACACACGAGCGCCACGCCCACAUCUGUCCACACCUGGCCCACGAAGGCCACCACGACGGGCAUCACACGUGCCACUGCGCUGCCACCGCCGCCGCGCACGAGGCCCUGGUGUGCCAUAAUCCCUGCCACAGGCAUAUCUGCUGCGCCAAGGCUGACCUUUUCCCCUCCCUGUGCCCAGCAGAGGCGGGCGACACGGGCAUCUUCCUGUGUGGUUGCGGCAAAGUGGCCGAGCCGGACCCGAUGGCGACACAUCACCAUCUGGAGAUGCACGCCCCGCGCAGACAAUCGUUCCCUCAGAACCCGCCCAAUCAGAAUGGGAUUCUAAAGGGGGGCCUGCAAGAAGGACUCCUGUACGGCUCGGACAGCACGGGGAAUAUACGCACGGGGCCCUGGAAGAAUGAAACUACUGUGUAGUGUGGGAGAUGGGCGACUCCAUGCCCAGUCCUGCCUAAAAUAAACCCUUUCUAGAAUAAAAAAAAAAGGAAUUUAACAUUUUAAACAUCACAAUCAGCGUGGGAUAUUUUUAUUUUAAUGUCCUCAUGUUUCUAUGUGUGCUGUUUUACUGUACAGAAAUCAUGUAAAUGC